GUUUCCCCGUGAGACUACAGUGGGCUGCGGAGGUGGAUCAGUGACAGUGACGACACAACUCAGGCGUCAAUAGUUCCAUGCGCAAAGACGAUGCGCACACAAAACAGCUGCGAACGAAAACGUAGUUUGAAGUGAUAUUUCACCUAUAUUAAAAAAAUCCUUUAAAAAAUCCAAAACUUCGAUUAACGCCGGAUUGCAAUGCAAUGUUAUUUUUGUGAAUCGAGGCAUUCGUCCUUGGGAAAAAUCAGCUGAUUGACGAUAAGCCCCGUAAAAAAUCAGCUGAUCACUAAGCCCCGCCUUCCUCACCUCGACGUCGACCAAUCACAGGACGCGAAGCGACAGGGAGCAGCAGCUCCCUCUUUCGGCGAGUCAGGCAACUCGAAUGUGUCCCGUGGAGGCUCCGCUGAGGGGUGCGGGUCAUUUCCGAGGUCUUGUGGGUGGUUGAGGGGGCCACAUCUGGCGUUUCAUGCGAGAGGCUUGUGCAAAUUGUGUGUGCUUUCUAGUUUGAUCAGAAAAUAAUUCUCUCAAGAGUUUUCAAGGUGUAAAUAUCUUGCUUUGGCUCAAUUUCCACCUAACAUUUACCAGUGCAAGUUGAAGGCGGUGUUUUGCCGCUGUUAUGCCGAUAUAGGCGUAAUUGAAAAAAUACGUUUUAAAUUUAUUAUCCCCUCCUGCCAAAGCUUUGCUGAGGCUGCAGCUAUUCAUAUUUGAUUACGCUCUGGAGUGAGGAAGGUCUAGCUAAAUCAAGAUGGUCUGAAAGUGCUUGACAAAACUUACUCCAACAUUGGAAGGAAAAUCAAAGUUGCCUUGAAGGUCAAGAGCUGUGCACUUUAAGGACCAAGAAGUAAAGAUUGCUUAAGCAUGAAAGACAAACCUAAUUCAACAAGAACCUAUGAUGCUGAUGGCUAUCGCCUUCGUGCAGCUGGCGUCUGCGUCAAGGAUGAGAUGGAGAGGGAGGUCCUGCUGGUCUCCUCCUCCAAGGAGCCGGACAAGUGGGUAGUUCCCGGUGGCGGGAUCGAGCCCAACGAGCAGGCGCACCUGGCGGCGCUGCGUGAGGUCCGUGAGGAGGCCGGCGUCGAGGGACACCUAGGCAGGUGCCUCGGGGUCUUCGAGGUGAGCAAUACCGAGAGGAAACACCGCACUGCCGUCUACAUUCUGCUGGUCACUGCCGAGCUACCCGAGUGGGAGGAUUCGGUCAAUAUCGGUCGGCGGCGGAAAUGGUUUGACCUGGAGGACGCCGUGCGGGAGCUGAAUGAAAAUAAGCCCGUCCAAUCUGGGUACCUCAGGUUACUCCUCAAGAGCAAAGAGAAGGACUCCUGACCCGACUCGUAGGCUGACGGCGGAUGGCCCUCCCGGUGGGCCGCGGAGGGGGCGGCGGGUGACCUCUGAUCGGGGUACGGACUGUGACCUCUGACCUCACAGAGAUGAGCCGGACAGCCCGCGGCGGCCGGCUCGACAGCCGGCGCCCGGGGCCGACUCGAGUGAAGCCUCAUUCGGUCAAGUGGCUGAGCCGACGGCCGGUCUGCCGGGGCAGGUCCGGUUUCAAUCGGUCGGUCCGUUCAGACACCUCUCCCCGCCCCGCUCUGCCUGACGGGAGCGCCGUGACCAGAGCCGGGCUAGUUUUGUAUCCAGCCAGCGCGUGGGUGAAGUCGAGCCAGCUUCAUCGAAAGGACGCUUUUUGAAUUGUUUAUCUCCGUGUCUGUGUGCGGGGGCGGCCGCUCGGCGCGCUGCCUCCUCCGUUCGUGUCGAGCGCGGACGUCGCUGGCCCUCUCUCCGGCCGUCGUCGUCGGACGGACAUGUGUCCGGAGAGGGUGCAGCGGUGUCCCUGCCGCGGAGUCGCGGUGCCGCCGGUCCCUCGCCGACCGCCUCUUGGAUAUGUGCAAUAUUUGUGACGCGCGCGCGCGCCGGGCCACUGUACGAGGUCAGUUGUGCUCGCGCGAGCCGCCGCCACCUCUGCUGCUAUGGCCGUCUCUCCGAAAUCUCAGUGGAGCGUCCCACUAGGCGGCGCUGUCGUCGCUGCGUGCCUCGACCCGAGGCCGGCGCGUGUGGGCACACCGUGUGACUGGGUGGGAUGGAUUGAGCGAGAGAGCGGCGCGGCACGAAGGAAGUCCGAAUUAUUUUCGAUAUACCCGGACUGGGCUGUCUUGUUUGCGUGGAGCUGCGCCGGCGGGUGGCGCCGCAGCGAUGGCUCCUGCGUGAGCCGCGGAUUGUCACGUCUUUUGUCGUGGGUAAAGAUGAUGCCGCCGUCUAUUUUGUCAUGUAUGUUUCUGUGGUCGCCGCCGCCGCCGCCGGUGUGGCACCUGUCUUUCGUCGGUCACGCGAAUUCAUUCGAAUCAAAUCACCGGCCCGCGUCAGCCCUGCGGUGGCGCCGUCUGUCGUGGUGCCGCGAGGGAGCCGCCGAUACCGCCACCUCCCGGCCAAAGAGUGUACCACAGUUUGCGCAGUCUCCCGCUACGUAAUCGCUCCCAUCAUCUACCGCCUCGCAGCCGUGCAACUGACGAACCAACAUCUAAAUUCAAACUAGUCGACCCCGCAUCGCUCCCUCGCGGACCAGUGACCCGUGGAACGGCGGUUGGCCUGGGGCGAGGCGCCAGGCGCUCUUCUGUUCACCUCGUAUCGUGGCUUGCUCUUGUUUCGGUGCCGCGUCCGUCAAUAAAAGGAGUGUGGUGCCCAAAAGGCCACGUUUUGUUGUA